AUGGACCCUCCCCUCUGCGGCAGUUGCGACAAUUUUCUCGCAGAAGUCGACAUGCAGAAGACUACCGGAAGAUACUGGGUGAACUGCAAGAGAUGCCGGGACGAGCACACAGCGGCAAGGCGAAAGCGCCGAGCACAAGAAGCCUUUGACGAUGAAUUCAUCGACUAUGACUAUUUCGAUUACGUCGAAGGCAGAUAUAGAGAACUUUCGCAAGAGACUGAGUACCGCUACCCGAGCACGGCGCAGUUCGCCGGCUCCAGACCCCAACUUGAGCCUGAGACGCGCGUUGUUCAGCAUCCGAGCGCGGCCAUUAAGAAAGAACCUAGACUGGGUAACGAGACACACGUAACUGUUAAGAAAGAGAGGGAGAAAGAUGUCAGUGGCCCGGACGUUGCUCAAGAAGAGUGGUACGAUGCCUUGGAGGAGCCGAAGCUCAGCUUACGUGAGUGUUCGGUCGGCAUAAGCGAUGCAGGUUCCAAUUCUGCUACAUCUGUCGCGCACCUUAUCAAGGUGCUCAAGGCAUCAACAUCAUUGGGAACACAGCGCAUCAGCGUCACUGCCGUUAUCAUUCAUCUAGGCUCCCUGGCUACGCUAGAAAUCGCUGAUCGAGUUUCGGAACGUCGUCUGGCUUUUGUAUGUGUGGAGGCUUUCAAGCUUGCACGCAAGAGAUCCAAGCCUGAUAGUUCAUAUGGAAUGAUGGCUGCGUGA